GUAAUUAGUUUAUGUAAUUUUAGAAAUUAGAUUUUAUAGAGAACGACCUUUUAUCUUAGCAUAACUUUUCAGUUCCGUAAACUUUUGUAGAAAGCUAUCGUAACUUGCAAUAUUCAAAUUAUUUUUAUUUUAUUAAUUAAAACUUAGGGCCUUCGUAGCAAAAAACGUCAAAUUUAAAUCGAUUCAUUAAAACGGCUAGGUACCAGUAUUGUAUUUAUACUCAAUUAUAUUUUUUUAUAUUUUCUCUUUAGUGUACUUUCUUCUUGUCUUGCGGUGCCCCUUGCUUUGCCAUUGUCCGCAGAUGGCCAACCUCUUUCCAUCAGGUGUACUGCAUGCUGGACUGCUUUUUGAGGUAGUAAAAAAGAAGAGUAUAUCAACCAAAACGCAAAUCAUGGAUUAACAACCAACCCAAUAGCAAUUUCAGAACAUUUUCGUUCACAGGAAACCACAUUGACCAAAUGGGCGGGACGUAGCCGCGACCAACAGCUGAUUUUAAAGUUUUGUUUAGCCUUUUGACUGCUAAACUUCUUGGUCAAAAAUCGAUUCUAUGAUGAAUCGAUUUCUGAUUGUCAUACUUUGUGAAACGUUUAGGUUAUUACCUACCCACCCAUGGUUUUUUUUUUCAAAUAUAGUCAUUGCAACAUCUUUAGCAAAUGAUGCACGAUUUUUUUAACAAUUAAUCAUAAGUUUAUAUAUUAUAUAACAUAGACCUAUAGUAAUAUGAUAUUGUACAUGCAUCCAUAGUUUAAACACUAUAGAAUUUGUACUUUGUACCAACCUACCAACCAUAUUUGCGUCGUAAUUUUAUACUGUUCAAGAAAGUGCCUAUCUUAAUAUCACUUAAUUAUGUGCUUAUUAUCGUGGUUUAAAGUUUAAGUAGUUAGUAAAGUAAGUCAAAGUUAUUGUUUGUAAAAAUAUUUAAAAACAAUUUUAUUUAGGGGUCGUUUAAGUUCAACAAUGAUGCAACGUAAUAUGAUAAAGAUUGCUAAAAUCACAGACAUAAUACCACAGAUUUGUUCGCAAAAGAAAAGCCUUCACUAUGUUCAGGGUCAGGAACCUGAACCGAAAAUCAGAGAAUACUUUUAUUAUAUUGAUCAUCAAGGCAUGCUAUUUUUAGAUGACGCUAGGAUAAAAAAUUUUACUUCAUGUUUCAAAGAAAAGAAAUUCCUAGAAUUCUUUUUUAAACGGAUCAGACUAAAUAAAACUGGCAAAUAUGAAGCAGAAUUUCCUUUUGUGUCUCAUUGUGGAAGAGAGCGUAAUUAUAUCAGAUGUGAUGAUUUACCAAUAGUGUUUACACAUAUAUUUCAUGAAGACAAUGUAGAUUUUCUUAGUUAUGGAUAUGCCGGUGACCUAUUACGAACAGUGUUUAUCCCUGAUAAAGUUUAUAUGCUGCCAUUAACUGGCAGAGUGUACCAUGUAGCUGAAGAAAAAUUUGGAGGUGUGGGAUUGAUUAAAUCUAAGCUAGCUAUAGAAUUAAGUAAGUAUUUUGAAUUUCACAAUGGAGACACGAGACCACCCACUCAUCUGACGUGGCACAAUAAAAAAUAUGAAUUAGAUUUGAAUUGGUUUGAUGAAAAUGUUAAAAGAUUUAAUUUAAAAAUAAACAGUGUUGGAAACUAAGUU